CAGUUUUGCCCUUCACUUGCAGCAUUACGUGUAACCAGCAUAUUUCCUACCAGCUAUUAAUCAAAACAGUACGUUGAGUAUAACUUGUGUUUUCUUGAUGAAUGGCUUAAACAACAUACUAGAAUAUCCUGAUUGGAUCACGGAUAACCUAGCAAAGUUGAUGGAAAAUUGCGGUUUCUCUUUAGUAGAAAAAAACAGUUCCGAUGUUGAGCAACACCUGCAACAAACCAGUAUUUUUAAAAUUGGGAAGGCCUUUGUUACAACUCCUCUCUCAUACAUUUUGGAUAGACAAGCUCCUCACGCUGUACUGAACAAGCUCGAAAUUGUCUUUGACUUUGGCAGUAACGGUCAAUCGAAGGAGUUUGUAACAAAUUGGAAACGAAAGUUCCAUGUUGAUACAAUAUCUGAGUAUAUGGAAUAUGCACUGAAUUUAAUACUCCUCAAAAAGACAUUCUACAUGUAUCCGCUGAUUUUCAGUAGUUUUUAUGCCAAGAAAUUGUCCCAAACCUCAGCUUAUCUACCUCAUAUCGCUCAAUCUCUGCAAAAAAUUUAUAUCACGUCGAAAUCGACAAUGUCCGUCAGUAACCAUGAGUUCAGCGAAUCUAUGUUGCAAAAACUUAAGGUAGGUGACAGAGUUUUUAAGCUGCUCAACGGCUCUAAUUAUGCUCAUUCCAAUACCGUUUCACCUCAAACAGGUUAUCCGGAAGAAUGUAGAGAUAAUGUGUCCAUCGCAAAGCAUGGUCGAUUCUGUCAGUAGCACAGAUAGCGACGAAGAGGACAAAACGGAGGACAUUGAUAGUUUAGAGAAACAAAACAACUCCCCACAGAUGACCGAGAAUAUGUUCUCAACCUAUCUAACAUUAGCUAUGUAUCAAUCGAUUAAGAAGGAGAAUAAGCCGAAAAUGUCGACAGCCAAAAUAUAUUCAUAUGAGCCACCAAAUGCUCUUUGUACUAUUGCUCAAUUAUGGUCAGUGACUUGUUCAACAACUUCGUCUUCUGACUGAUGCUUGCAUGUACACGCUUUUUCCGUUUCAUCAAGGAAAAAUGGCUGUAUAAAAAAGCAACCUUUUUUGAUUGGCACCAAUUGGUCUUCAGCUA